UUUGAGAAAGGAGAAGAAAGUUUUGUUAAAAACGACAGGUGAGAGUUAUAAUUGUCAAGCCCGUAAAAGGAGCUUCUUGUAAAGCUGAGUGCUUCUGAGAGAGAGAACUCCAUUAAAGUACACACUACCCAUUCAUCCAUCUCUCUCUGUUCUGCGUUUGGCUCCAUUAUUUUUGUACCUCUCUCUCUCAGAGACAAAUUACACAAACAAAAUCUCUCUCUUUCUCUCUCCGAGAGGCUCAGAGCUGGCAUGGGCCAUUGUCAGGUCCCUGCUUUUCACUAUCCCUCCACAUUCACCACCUUUAUUACUCUCUCACUACCGCUUCUUUAGAAAGAGAAACUGACCUCUCUCUCUCUCUCUCUCUCUCUCUCUCUCUCUCUCUCAUACAUAUAUAUAUAUAUAUUGAGGCACAUUCAUGACCCCAAAAAACAUUAUAAAUGCACUGUAGAGGUCAACCAUGGAAAUGAGCUCGAGCUCUAUGACCGAGUCAGGCAGCUCAUCUUCCUCUUCCCCACCAAACUCCUCCACUGAGUCACUCAACGGCUUAAAAUUUGGCCAGAAAAUCUACUUUGAGGAUGCGAGUCUCGGAGCUUCAUACAAAUCCGGGUCUGCCGGGUCUUCUUCUUCUUCUGGGGCUACCCCGCCAAAGAAGCAAAGGGCCGGGCAUUUGGCUCAUCCGGGUCAGCCACCCAGGUGCCAGGUUGAAGGCUGCCAGGUAGAUCUGAGUGAUGCCAAAGCUUACUAUUCCAGGCACAAAGUGUGUGGCUUGCACUCUAAGACCCCUAAGGUCAUUGUUGCUGGUCUUGAACAGAGGUUUUGCCAACAGUGUAGCAGAUUUCAUCAGCUUCCUGAAUUUGACCAAGGAAAACGUAGUUGCCGUAGACGCCUGGCUGGUCAUAAUGAGCGCCGGAGAAAGCCACAACCUGGAUCCGUAUCUACGCGUUUUGGCCGACUUUCUUCGUCUCUCUUUGAAAACAGCAACAAAGUUGGAAGCUUUCUGAUGGACUUCACUGCAUACCCAAGGCCUGCUGACAGGGAUGCAAGGGCGACCACGAGAACUGAGCGAGUACCUGUUAAUCAAAAUGCCAAUGGCACGGGGAAGUUUCUUCAACAUGCAUGGCAGAGCAACUCUGUUACUACAUCCGGCCGUUAUCUACAGGGUUCAGCAGGCGGGACUAGUUAUCCUGAUCCUGGAAUUCCUCCUCGAGAAUGCAUCACAGGAAUCGCUGACUCAAGCUGUGCUCUCUCUCUUCUGUCAAAUCAACCAUGUGGCUCUCGAAACCGAGUAUCGGGUGUUGGGAUGAAUGCCUACUUGAAUACCUGGAUGAACACCCAAGGGGUAACUGUGGCUCAACCAAUGGCUCAUGCUGGGACUUCCAAUCACUUUCCAACCACUUCGUGGGGUUUCAAGGGAAAUGAGGCUGGUAGCAGCUCACACGAGAUGCUUCCCAAUCUGGGUCUCGGUCAAAUCUCACAGCCUCUCAGUAGUCAGUACUCUGGUAUGCUUGAGCUGUCUCAACAGAACAGGAGGCAGCAGCAGCACAUGGAACUUGGACACACCAGGGCCUAUGACUCCUCCACCAACCAGCAGAUGCACUGGUCACUUUAAAAGGGGUCCCUCAUUCUCUAGUUCUUGUGGAUGCCUUAGUGUGACUUUAAAAACUUUGGAACUUUUCUUGCAGGUUUUUAUGUCUUGUUGGGUAGCAACCCAAACUGAUCAUGCUUUGUAUGUUAAGACUACGAAUAUCGUAAUCUAGGUUAGCCUCGAAGGCUUGAACUGUCUACCUAGUAAUAAAGCUACGAUUUGGAUGA